GCCAUAGCAACUUGUACUAAAAGGAUACAGAGCUGCCGUUUUUUAUCUUCAUCACUUCAGCAUUUAUCGAUUUCUGUCAGUAACUUUGACACAACACAACAUGAACAUGGAAAACGUUGACAAGGAUCCAGAGGAGGCACCGGGACGCUCUGUGUUUCCCCAAAAACAAGAGACGAAGACCGGGCUCUCCACUCAGAAGGUUGAAGAAAACCCCAAUAAGGAGGUCACCGAGCAGCCAAAGAGAGAAGAGGAGCAGGAACAUACAAAGAGAAUGAUCAACCUGCAGAGAGAACCGGCAACAUUUGUGACCAACAUCCAACCUGCAGGUGAUGCCAAAUCGCUGGAGCGAAGGGCAGAGUUGGAGGAAGCUCGCAGAAUUAGACGAGAGCGGCAGGAGAAUGAUGUGAAGGCCAGCCAGGAAAAAUUUGAUGAGAUCAAGAGAAGCUGGUUGACACUCAAUGAGAAGAUGAUGCCUCAGGAACUGCAUGAAGCCUUGAACUGCCAUCAGCUGUUGUGCGAUACUAUCAUCGCAGAAAAGAAAAAACUCAUAAACGACCUGCAACAGGAGUUAAAGAAGAGAGACGAUCACUAUGUGAAGACCUUGAGGAAGAAUGAGGAGGAUAUUGACCUGCUGAUUGAGAGGAUGGAGGAGCAGAUAGGAACUCUGACUAAAGCUUACAGGGAAGAGCUUGGUCAGACGGAGGGCUUCCUGAUGGAGCGUAAACUCCUGAAGCUGCUGGCUCCCCUGGAGAAGGAAGAACAGACCUUUGUGAAGCUGACAGCUCUCUUUCAUUCUUUGGGCAUCGAAGGCGAGGAUGUGCCAGAGUUGGUUGAUUUCUUAUUAAAGUACAAACAAGAGCAGGGAGUGCAAACUGAGGAUGUUUGUGCUGAAUCCAGUGAUGUCACAAAAGCAGCGGAGACCAGUUCUAGCACUAAUAAGAGCUCUGAACUGAUCCACUAUAGCAAUGUCCUGCCUGCUCUGAGAAGUUUCCUCAAGCAGCGUGUGGAGUCCAGGGAGAGCACAGCCCACCAACGUUCCAGUGUUGGCCAUGCAGAAGCCCCAGAUGCUUCAGAUUAUAAAGCCUACUGGGACAGUAUGGCCAACAUAACCCACACUAACACAACCACUAAAUAAAAACAGCAUUGCAUUUCUCAUGUUUGAGACAUAGACGCAUCAAAUAUUUUAAUCUAUUGUCGUAGUAGUUGGUGUAUUGCAAGUUUUUGUGAUGAAGUGUUUCAGCUUUGAAUCAUUAAUUAAAUUGAAAUUACUUUCUUUAAUUUUGGGUAAUAUAGGAUAAUAUAACAAAUAUAGGUAUAAUUCUUGCUACUUUUUAUUUUAUUUUCAUUGUUUAAUAAGCUUGUAUUGCUUUUAUUUGUAUUUUUUAAACAUUUUAUUGUAAACAAAAUGCUUUACAUUUGCUAUUGUGUCUGUAUGGUUUUCUUCACUUGAGUUUUUUGUGAUUCUUGUUAUUUAUCCUAACCAGUCGAGGCAGUUGGCUGCUCGACCUGAGCCUGGUUCUGCUAGAGGUUUCUUUCUGCCAAAAGUUCAAUAGUCAGGUAAAUUGUUAGAGGACAUUGUAGGUUCUUAACCCUGAUAUUUAUGCUAGCCAGGUUAAUUUAUAUUAAACAUAACAUUGUAGAGUAUGAACUUUAAUAUUCAAAUUACUGAGGUAAAUUCCCAGCAUAAAUGAAACUGUAGGAUCUUAAAUUCAAUAUGUAAGCUUGUUCAGUAAAUGUAUAAUAUCCAUCUUGUUUUACUGUUGAAAGCACUUUAGGUCAAUGGCUCUGGUUUUAAAUAUGUUAAAUCAAUAAUAGGGAUCCUGUUUCUGGGCAUCCUGCUUAUGUUUUGUCAGUCUAGGCACUGUUUUAAAUCUUACUACGAAAUGAUCAAGUCAUUAUUAUUGUCGGAUCCAUGUAUUGCGGUCUCCGCUCGAUGGGGGCAGCAGAGAGCGCAGGACGAACAGAGUCUGCCGGUAAUGUUUGUGAAGAAGAAGAAGCUUAGCACGGAAGAAGAGUUUUCCGGUGUCCUUGUGUGAGAGAGGGGACUAUAGACGGACGAUAAAGAUGUUUAAAAACGUUAUUGCGCUCCAGCAGGUGGCGCGGCGGACCAUCUACAGCUCUGCCCGGCGGCAGGUGGACAACAAAGUUCCGCUGAAACAAAAAGCGUUUCAGUGAUGCUUCUUCUAAUGAAGACCUGAACUCUCAGUUACUCUCAGUUUAGCUCCACAGAUAAGUAGCCAAAUGAGGAUAAUGGGAUGCCAGUUCAUCUAAAAGGAGGCAGCGUAGACGCUCUGCUGUACAGAACAACGAUGGCACUCACCAUCCUGGGAGCCGGAUAUGUUGUGUAUGAGCUGGUGAAGGCAGCGUACCCUCAGAAGAAAGACUAACUCCUCCGCCUCUGUUUACCUCCACU